AGUGCGCUACAACAUUUCAUCUCAUGCCAGGCUCAGUGUGAGUUAUGUGCUUUCUAACUACAGCCACUACACCAUCGCAUCUUUAUGGACUGCAUCACACGACCGCUUGAAAUGAGUUGUAAGAAGACUAUUGGUGUUUCUGAUCAUCUUGACUGUGGGUGUCACGGUGCUGCAGUACAAAGUUUUUGUGGAACAUAAACUGUCCGUGUCUGAUGUCAUUGACCUGGUGCAGUCACGAAUACAGUUGUUCCACUCAUCAGUGUGGACGUACAUGGACCACACAACACCAGCAAACGACUCCAGCAGCCAGCAGGUGAGUGGCACUCAGCAGGUCGGGUCUCAGACAGACCUCAAGGGCUUCGCAAAGACUGUGUCUGAGCAGAAGGAAUGGAUUACAAACGUGCGACACAGUCAAGGGAGGGCUUCCUUCCCGAAGGUGGAUGCUGUCAACUGCACCAAGAUAUGGGGCAACGACCAACAGGAAGUGAGAGCUGCUCACGACUACCAACAGUCUCACGGGACACAACCCACCAAGAAUGUCCGCCAUUACUUACAGGAGACAGCCAACUGCACGAGUUAUCUCCUCAAUGGAGGCUUCCUGUCUGCGUCGGUUGACGAGAAAGAGUUGUCUUUCCCUCUGGCAUUUAGUCUUGCAGCGUACAAGGAUGUCGAGCAGGUGGAGCGGCUGUUACGGGCAGUGUAUCGACCACACAACGUGUACUGCAUCCACCCCGACAACAAGUCCAGCGACGACUUCCACUCCAGUCUGCGCUUCAUCGCCGGUUGUCUACCCAACGUCCACAUCAUCGAGCGCCCCCUGAGUGUAAAGUGGGGCAAAUACUCCGUCUUACAGGCGGACGUAGAAUGCAUGCAGUUGCUAUGGCAACACCCUACCAAGUGGCGAUAUUUCAUCAACUUAACAGGUCAAGAGUUCCCCCUAAAGACCAACAAGGAGAUCGUCCGGAUUCUACAGACCUACAAUGGCGCCAAUGACAUCACCGGUGUUCACAAUCGAAUUUUCAACUUCCGGUGGGCGAAGUACCUGCCGACACCCUACAACGUAACGAUCAGCAAAGGUGACGUACACGUCAUUGCGUCACGAGGGUAUGUGGACUACGUCCUCAACAGUCGUGUAGCACGUGACUUUUACAAGUGGGUCGCCCCGACUUUCAUUCCCGACGAGAUUUUCUUCAGCACCCUCAACUACAACCCGCAACUGGGCGUACCCGGGUCGCACACAGGUGACCCUAACGACAAAACAAGGGAACACUUUCACCGCUACAAAGUCUGGUUGUACGGAAUUUCCAACUACACGGGUGUGUGCGAUGGGAGAGAACUGCGGGGUGUCUGUCACUUCGGGGUGGGUGACGUCCCCCGCAUGGUUGUCUCCCCUCACCUGUUCGCCAACAAGUUUUCCUACGACUUCAUGCCGCUGGCCUACGACUGUGUGGAGGAAUGGUACUGGCACAAGGUUCACCUGGAGAACGUGGGGCAGGCGCCGGCACUGAACCUCACGCCAUACGAGAUGUCGACGAUGGUGACGAAGCGUUACGACGGACCCGUGAAAAUCUGGGAGUGAGGGCGCCCCCUGACGGAGUGUGUGGGAGGGGAAUGUGGAGAGGAGGAAGGGAAGUGCAUGGGCGAAAGAUAAAUGCAAUAGCUUAUUUGUUUCCCGUCGACGAUGAUUUGGAUUGUUAUAUCUUAUUCAUGUGGUCUCUUUACCUAAAGUCCAAGUGUAACUGAUGUGAUAUCUAAUGAUGACCCAAAAACCGUUUACAGCAAGUACAGCUGCUACUUUCAAACCAUCUCUUUGAUAAAAGGAAGUGAGAACACGAGUCUCUUGUUGGUGGUCGCCAGCCAAAUCCUCUUAAAAUUGUCGCUUCCUGGUCUACCCUCUAAUCUGCUGGUCUACUUCCUGUGGUAUUUAGUGUCCUAAUUAGUGGUGAACUACGGUUAAUGUAAUUAGCAUUGAUAGUUAAUGUACGACUGUCCACUGGGGUGCUGUCGGUGGGCUGGCUCUAACAGAUGUCAUGUGAUCACUCGAUCUAUCGUACCGGACACUGUAGGAUCUCUAAAUUAAGCAAAUAAAGAUUGUUUAUGAAA